AGAAACACUUAAACUAAAGAGUUCUUGGACGAGGAAUAUUUGGUCAGUAAGGAGGGACGAUGGCUUCGUUUCUGUUCGGGCUUGAGGCACAUGUUAUCUGUAAAGGAGCAACACAAAUAUCUCAUCGAUGGCUUCACAAGUUCGGUUCCAGAUAUUUACAGUCUGGUCGUCUUUUCUCAACCACAACUAGAUUAGGUAAAAGUUUAAUCCUUGGUGUUUAUGAAGCUUCAGCUAAAGACAGCCCCCUCGUUCUCUCCCAAGCUGCAAAAUAUUUUGAUGAGAAAUAUUCUGGAAAAUUAUCACAACAAAUAAAACUGUUUGGGAAAUCUUUUAAGAAAGGCAAAAGCCAUUUACUGUUUGGUCUUUGUGAGGAGUUCCCCUUGUUAGCUGUUGCAAAUCUUGGUAAGGAAGACCAAGGAUUUAAUGAAUUGGAAGGCCGACAUGAAGGUCACGAAAGUGUUAGAACAGCUGUGGCAAAGAGUGUUUUACAGUUACGAGAUGCAGGAGAAGACUUGGUGUCUAUUGACCCUUGUGGCGACCCCAUGGCUGCAGCAGAAGGAGCCUCUCUCUCCUUGCAUAGUUAUGAUGAAUUAAAACCUCAGUCCAAACAAAAACCGAAAGUGGAAUUAGCAUGCUACACCGACCAUCUAGAAGCAUUUGAAAAAACUUCCUUUAUAGACCAAUGGCACAUAGGUGAAGUCUAUGCUGAUGCCCAAAACUUUGCCAGACUACUCACAGAAAUGCCAGCAAAUAUACUAACUCCUACAAAAUUUUCUGAAAUGGUUAUUGAUAAACUUUCAAGUUUUUGUCAGAUUGUAGCCCGAGACCAGGCAUGGGUUGAAGAGCAAAAAAUGGGUGCAUUUCUGUGUGUGAGCCAAGGCUCAGGUGAACCACUUAAAUUUCUGGAGCUCAGUUACAACAACAGCUCAGACAAAUCUGCUGCUCCUAUUGUAUUGGUUGGCAAAGGGAUCACCUUCGACACUGGUGGAAUUUCUUUAAAACCUGCAAAUAAUAUGGACAAGAUGAGAGGCGAUAUGGGUGGUGCAGCCUGUGUAGUUGGAACGAUUCUAGGCGUGUGUAAACUUGGAUUACCGAUCCAUUUGAAAGCCUUAAUUCCAUUGUGUGAAAACAUGCCAGGUAGCAGAGCUGUUAAACCCGGAGAUGUCGUUACUGCCAUGAAUGGGACGACUAUCCAAGUAGACAACACUGAUGCUGAAGGGAGGCUGAUCUUAGCCGAUGCUCUUUGUUAUGCAGAAACACUUAAUCCUAAAUUGAUCCUUGACAUGGCAACAUUAACAGGUGCUAUCACCAUUGCUCUGGGGUCAGGAGCAUCUGGUACUUACACCAAUUCCCCUGCACUUUGGGACCUCUUGUACAAGGUAUGUCUUCUUCCUGUUAAAAAAAAUUUUUUUUCUAUAAUGUUCGAAUUUAUCCAAUCCAGUGACUGGAUUCAUUUAGAUAUAUCAGGUGUGAGAACGAACCAAGAUGAAGUUCCUUAUCUUGGUCGUGGAAUGUCAGUGGUAGGCAUAAACCCCCACCACCAGCAUCCCCCCCCCCAACUGCCAUCGAAGCAUAUGAACAAGGGAAGUAACUCUAAUCAUACUAAAUUGAACAUGGCUUCUUCGGUGCUUCGAACAGCUGCCAAUGUUACAAAACAAAUUCGACCCUCACGUGUGUUUCUUCUCAAUGGAUCCGUUAUUAAAGGUCGUUUGUUAAACAGGCGUCAGUUAUCAACCACUGCUAGACUCAACAAAGGCUUAAUCCUUGGUGUCUAUGAAGCUUCAGCCGAAGAUGGUCCCCUUGUUCUCUCAAAAGCUGCAAAACAUUUUGAUGAGAAAUGUUCUGGAAAGUUGUCCGAACAGAUCAAGCUGUUUGGAAAAUCAUAUAAGAAAGGGAAAAGCCAUUUGCUGUUUGGUCUCUGUGAGGAGUUUCCCUUGUUAGCUGUUGUGAACCUUGGUAAGGAAGGCCAAGGUUUUAAUGAACUGGAAUGUCGACAUGAAGGUCACGAGAGCGUUAGAACUGCUGUGGCAAGAGGAGUGUUACAAAUGCAACAAGCUGGUGAAGGAUCUGUGUUUGUGGACCCUUCUGGUAAUGCCAAAGCGGCAGCAGAAGGAGCAGAUCUCUCCUCUCAUUGUUAUGAUGAACUAAAACCAAAGAAAAGCCAAAAGACCAAAGUGGAAUCAGAGUGCUACAUGGACCAUCUGGAUAAUUCUGAAGGAACCAAAACCAAGGAACAAUGGAAUCAUGGGAAAAUCUAUGCGGAAGCUCAGAACUUUGCCAGAUUACUAAUGGAGAUGCCAUCAAACAUUCUGACGCCUUCAAAAUUCGCAGAAAUGGUUUCUGAAAAACUCUCUUCUCUAUGCCAAGUUAGUGUCAGGGACCAGUCAUGGGCGGAAGAGCAAAAAAUGGGUAGCUUUUUAUCUGUGAGUCGAGGCUCCGCUGAACCACUCAGAUUCCUGGAGCUUACUUACAAGAACACCUCAGACAGUUCCAUUCCUCCUGUUGCAUUGGUCGGCAAAGGAAUCACCUUUGACACUGGUGGCAUUUCGUUAAAACCUGCGAAUGAUAUGGACAAGAUGAGAGGUGAUAUGGGUGGUGCAGCCUGUGUUGUUGGAACCAUGCUUGGAGUCUGCAAGCUGGAAUUACCAAUCUAUGUGAAAGCUUUUAUCCCACUCUGUGAGAACAUGCCUGGUGGUAAGGCAACUAAACCUGGGGAUGUGGUGACUGCUAUGAAUGGCAAGACUAUACAGGUUGACAACACUGAUGCAGAAGGGAGGUUGAUCUUAGCAGAUGCUCUUUGUUAUGCAGAAACAUUUCAACCAAAGUUUAUUCUAGACAUGGCUACAUUAACAGGUGCUGUUGAUGUAGCUUUGGGAUCUGCUGCUACUGGUGCUUACACAAAUUCUACCAAUCUUUGGAAUCAUUUAUUUGAGGCUGGCAGUGAAACUGGGGAUCGUCUGUGGCGCUUACCAUUAUUUCAACACUACACUGUCCAAGUAACACACUCACAACUUGCUGCCAUCAACAAUGUUGGUAAACACAGUCGAGCUGGCGGUUCUUGUACUGCUGCUGCUUUCUUGAAGGAAUUUGUCGAAUCCAGUGAUUGGAUCCAUUUGGACAUAGCUGGUGUGAUGUCAAACAAAGAUGAAGUCGCUCAUCUCGGAUCUGGAAUGUCAGGUCGGCCGACAAGAACUGUGAUCGAACUCUUAACCCGCUUCACUUCCCAACAGUAGAAAAACAGUUUAUUGAUACCACAAACUGCCAACAUAUAUAUAUAUAUAUAUAUAUAUAUAUAUAUAUAUAGUUUUAGGGAAAAGAACCAAGUUUCAAGAACUCAUCAGUGAAAAUCCAUUGUCACAUAUAGAAAAAUUAAUAAGUAAAAUCACAAUAAAUAAGUAUAAUAUAAUACAAAGUAAAUAUCAUAAGAUAAUGAUAAUAAAACAACUACAUGUAUUUCAUAACCAAUUUUCAAAUAUAUGGUAGAAUAAUAAAAAGAAAGU